AUGGAGGAGGGUAUACCCCAAGUCGAAAUGCCUGAAGUGAAAUUGUUUGGAAAGUGGUCAUUGGAUGAGGUGCAAGUUAGCGACAUCUCGCUUGUGGAUUAUAUUGCCGUAAAAGAAAAGUCUGCAAAAUACUUGCCGCAUAGUGCAGGUCGUUAUCAAGUGAAACGGUUCAGAAAAGCAACAUGUCCUAUCGUUGAAAGAUUGGCUUCAUCUAUGAUGAUGCAUGGACGAAAUAAUGGCAAAAAACUUAUGACCGUCGGGCCUCGGGAAGAUUCUACGCGUAUUGGUCGGGCGGGAACCGUUAGAAGACAGGCUGUUGAUGUGUCUCCUCUUCGACGUGUGAAUCAAGCAUUGUGGCUACUAUGUACUGGGGCACGAGAAUGCUUGGCUGAUGAACUGAUAAAUGCUGCUAAAGGGUCGUCGAAUUCAUACGCUAUUAAAAAGAAGGAUGAGCUUGAACGUGUAGCCAAGUCAAAUCGUUGA